UAUUAAAUGCUCAUUUAUACGCUCAAGUAUUCGUACAAACAGCGGAUCCAUUCCCUGCACUACGGAGGAGGUGACUCACUCUUUCUAAUUUCGGAUUCUCCACCGACCAUCCCGAUUCCCCGGUCGAUCCACCUUUUGUUUUUUGGGCUCCCUUUUUUCUCUUAGAACUCAGAAGCGGUGUUGAAUUGAAUUCAUACUAAAGGCAAACCCAAAAAUCUCCCCUGUAUGACUUCCAUUCUUCCUUUUUCUUCUUUCCUCCUCCUAUGUGCAGGAUCUGAAGCCUUUAUCCUUUUAAAAUUUUGAUUCCAGCUUUCGUAUUUGCAAGUCUUCAUCAAUUCUGAUGAAGGGUUCCUUCACUUACCUAAGUUCAGAGAUAAGUUGUUCUAUCUCAGCCCUGAUCUGGAAAGGAAUUUCAACGAACAUUACCUAGGCAUUCUGAUAGAAAUUUGAUUUCUGGUAAAUCUUCAAAUGGCCAAUUCUGAUGGGAAAAAACAGUCUUUGCUUGUGGGUUUAUUAGAUCCUUCCCCUGAACCCAAUCGAAAGCAAACUACAAAGAAAGGGAGAUUUCGCCGCUGUACAAGUGCUCCACCACUAGACUUUCCUCAAUCAGAGAAGAAUGGUGGAGGAGGUUCUCUUCCACGAUCCCAAUUCAUCUUAGGGGAUUUACAUCCUAGUUUUGUUCAGGUAGCCUCGUUAUUGACCAUCUACCUUGGUGUAGGUGCCAUCUGCUUCUUCCUCGUCAGGAAUCAGAUUGGAGGAGAGAAAACAAAUGGGGUUCUGGAUGCUGUGUAUUUCUGUAUUGUAACGAUGACCACAGUUGGAUAUGGAGACCUUGUCCCAAAUACCAAACUCACUAAAUUACUUGCCUGUGCAUUUGUCUUUUCAGGCAUGGCUCUUAUUGGGUUAAUCCUCAGUAAGGCAGCAGAUUAUCUUGUAGAAAAACAAGAAAUACUGUUGGUUAAGACCUUACAUAUGCAUCACAAUGUUGGAGCAAGUGAGAUUGUCAAAGAGCUUCAAACCAACAAACUGAAAUACAAGUUUGUUGUGAUUCUGAUUGUUCUUUUACUGCUAAUAUUAGUUGGGACAAUAUUUUUAUAUAGAGUUGAAAAAUUGGAUCUUGUUGAUGCCUUCUACUGUGUUUGUUCCACUAUCACAACUUUAGGAUAUGGUGAUAAGAGCUUCUCAACUGAAACAGGGCGUGUCUUUGCUGUGUUUUGGAUACUAACAAGUACUAUUUGCUUAGCUCAGUUCUUCCUAUGCUUAGCUGAGCUUAAUACUGAAAGAAGACAACAUGUUCUGGUUGAUUGGGUUAUUAACCGGAGAACGACAUCCACAGAUCUUGAGGCAGCUGAUCUUGACCAUGAUGGGGUUGUGAGAGCCGCUGAGUUCGUCAUAUAUAAGCUCAAAGAGAUGGGAAAGAUCAAAGAAGAAGAUAUAGCUCUUGUAAUGGAGGAGUUUGAGGAUCUUGAUGUUGAUCAGUCUGGGACAUUGUCUGUAUCGGAUUUAAUGCUUGCCCAAUCAUCUCAAACAGCCGAAUCUGGACCUCAAUUCCGCUCUUUAAAACCUUCAGAAGAAAAUGUUUCCAUGGGAGGAAAAACAAAGAAUAAACUUGGAGAGAGAAUGAUUGCUUUACCUAGGCCUUCCAAUGCAUUAUUUCUGCUAAGGGUGUCACUCGAUUGGGCCAGGCUGGUCUCAGUUGGGUCUGGCAUUGUCAGGCGGGUCUGUAUCCUUGCAUUAUAACCUAUCUAUUUAAGGAAUGAGUUAAUCUUAGUCAGGUUUUGGGUUUCAACUAAUCGGAUUAGUUGGGUCUUAACCAGACUAAUGCAUCAUUAAUUGUCUGAGAUUGAAAAAAAUCUAAUAUAUUUAUUAAAUCAUCCAA